AUGGAGAGGAGUGAACUAGUGGAUAAAUCACACUGCCUUCCAGAUUCUAUCCAUCUAUCUUUUGUGGACUUCGAAUUUCUAAAUUACUUGGAUUUGAGCAAUAAUGAUUUCUUAGCUAUCCAGUUUGACUAUGUUAAUAGUCAAAAUGGACAUAAUUUAUCUCUUGCUACCCCUCCUCGUCAGUGUCUGAACUCUUCAGUUCUUUGUUAUCUUGAUUUAUCACUUAAUGAGAAUCUUGCCAUUGAUAAUCUUCAAUGGCUUUCUCAUUUUUCUUCCUUGGAAUAUCUUGACCUUGGUGGUGUUGAUCUUCACAAUGAAACUAACUGGCUCCAAUUAGUGACUAUGCUUCCAUCACUUUCACAGUUGCACCUGAGUAAUUGUCAACUUGAAGACUUGAGUCCGUCUCUUCAAUAUGCAAAUUUUACUUCACUUCAAGUUCUUCAUCUUUCUAAAAAUAAAUUUCACUCAGAAUUGCCUAAAUGGUUAUUCAAUCUUACUUGUGGUAUCUCAAAUAUUUAUCUUCAUGAUAAUAUUUUAAAAGGCCAACUUCCUAAGGCAUUGCUAAAUCUUCGACACUUGGAAUCCUUGAACUUGGUACAUAAUAACUUCAAUGGACCAAUUCCAGAUUGGUUAGGCCAACUUGAACAUCAACAACAUCUUCUUCUUUCUAGAAACAUGUUUUCUGGAUCUAUUCCUGAAAAUUUGGGAAAUCUAUCAUCCCUAAUUGUCUUGACUGUUGAUGAAAAUGAAUUGAGAGGGGUUGUGUCUGAGAGAAAUUUUGCAAAACUCUCGAAGUUAAAGGUAUUGGAUAUACACUUAUCACCACCAUUAAUCUUUGAUUUUAACCCCCACUGGGUUCCUCCUUUUCAACUUAAAGAAAUAAGUUUAGGAUUUGCGGCUCCUAAACUUCCUGCAUGGUUAGACACACAAAGAUCUCUUGUUUCACUUGGAUAUAUUCCUAAUUGGAUAGCAAAGAGUGCAAAGGCUCUCCAACUAAGGUCCAAUCAAUUCAAUGGUAACAUUCCUCCACAAAUAUGUCAGAUGUCUUCCCUCAUUAUCUUGGAUAUUGGAGAUAAUAGAAUCUCAGGACAUAUACCCAAUUGCCUAAAUAACAUCAAAUCAUUUGUUAUCAACAGUGCUUCCAGUAGUAAGCUUACUUUUUACUUUAAUUUCGGUGAUGCGUAUUACUCCUUUGUGGAGAUUCUUGAGCUGAGGGGAAGAAUACCAGAAGAGAUUGGCAACAUGAAAAACAUGGAGUCCCUUGAUUUUUCAACAAAACGACUUAUGGGUGACAUUCCUCAAGGCAAAAUACCAUCAAGCACACAACUUCAAGGGUUCGGUGAACUCAGUUACGCAGGUAAUUGUGAUCUUUGUGGACCACCACUUCCAAAAAUUUGUUUGCAGGAUGCUAAAUCUAAAGACACAAAGCCAUUAGAUGAAGAAGUGGAUGAAUCCGAACUUUUGUCAUGGCCAUUCCUACGAGAUAUGACAUCUCUUAGAACCCUAACAUAUGAAGUUGAACCCCCUAUCCAGUUUAGUUUGAAGAGGCUACAAAUAGAUUUUGGGUGCAUUUUGAACCCAAAUUGA